AAAACAGUACAGCUUCCAAGACUGUUGGAAGGACGGGCUGUAGCUAUGCACUGUGUGGAAUGUGAGUAAUGCCAUGAAUCACGUACAAAAGGGGAACUACAUCUUACUUUGGUUCACUACAGGCACAGACUGCUGCAAAGCUUUGACCGCUGUGCGCUGUCUGCCCGCCGGCUGCAUCGCCCCCAGAGCCGCCGCUACGUACAUCCAGGGCCAGAGCCCCGAGCCACGCAUUCGAGAGUACUUCUACUAUAUGGACCAUCAAGGACAGCUUUUCCUCGACGACACUAAAGUGAAGAACUUUGUCACCUGCUUCAAAGAUAAACAGUUCCUGGUCUUCUUCUUCAGUCGUCUGCGUCCAAAUCAGAGUGGCCGUUAUGAGGAGGACUUCCCCUUCUUGUCCCUGUGUGGCCGUGAGAGGAACUUCCUGCGCUGCGAUGACCGACCUGUAGUCUUCACCCACCUGCUACAGAGCCCUGCAGGGCUGAGGGGGGUCAUGGGAGACCAGGAGCUGCUGUCGUACUGCGGUGCGGCGGAGAAGCUGUCUGUCCCGUUCCGCCCCGAGGCUCUGUACAUGCAUCCCAUCAGCGGGCGGGUUUACCACCCCGGCUCUGAGCGCUUAGGGGGUGUCGGCCUGAUCAGGUCAGCUCUGGCCAUCGAGUUUAGCCCCUUCUUCGUUUAUGCAGCGGAGCAGGGCCAGUCAGGGCAGCCUACACACUUUCUCUGGAAAGGACAAGAGCACGCACUGACCAAUGAGCUUGCAAGAUGCUUCCGCCCAGCAGACCAAGGCAGCAGGCAGCAGGGAGAACUGGAAACAUGACCAGAACAAGUUUUUGCUGACCUGUGAAAUGUCCACAUACCAUCAGCAUUUCAUACUGGCAGUGGGGAAAACACAUACUGUCCCACAGUUGUGAUGUCAGUGUGUUACUGGAAGAUCCCUGGGAAGUCAUGUCCAUUUAACUAAUGUGACGUGUGAGAAGUGGGUUGACAUAUUUAUGAUAAUCCAGAGUGUUUGAUGCAGAUUUCAUAGCUUAAAUCAUUGGUUCCCAUCCAACCUGCAGUGUUUUUAAUAGUGUGACACGUCAAGUGGAACACGGCACUAACAGCACUCCCACGAGUCUGUCUAGUCGUCUUUAGCUCGGCCUGGCAUCUUCACAUUUAAAGAGAAAAGUGAUGAUACGAGAAAAUCCUACUGUUAUGGUUAUUUUAACAACUCAGCUGUUACUUGGCACAUUAGCUACAGAUGGACAAAUAUCAAAUAGUGAAAAACUGUAUCCAGUAUAAUGCAUAAAAAAACUUUGUCAUUUAUAAAAUCAUCUACAGUGGUUGGUUUAUCAAACCUUACAUUAGCUGCAGAAAAUAUACAGUAUUAUAUCUACAAAUUGACAUAUGUAUGAAGUACAACAUUUGAACAAAAAACAUAUUCAUAUGAAUUAUGUAUAACACUGGGAAAUUUUCUGCAAACUGAAAUAUGUUUGGGCAACGACAUCGUGACAACAGUUUCAAGUGUACUGCUGAAGUCCUAGCCCGGUUCUGUGUUGAAUAAAGGAGUCUCUGAAUGGAUUUUCUGUUUUA